AUGCAGUCAUUGCUGUUCGCAAAUAUUCGGGCUAUCCCUCGCGUUACCGUCUCUGCCGCCAUUCUGGUGGCCUCCGCGCUGGCCUUUCUGAGAGUGGCUGAUAACUGGCUCAGUCUGGAGGAAGACUUCAAGGUCACGAAAGGAGCGCUGAACCACGCCGUCCAUGCCCUAGACAGUUUGAAGCAGGAAGACCGCGAGAUUAUCCAGACUCGUCGUCCAGACCGGCUUGCUCGCCUAGAACAUCUGCAGACGAAGCUAGAGGAGCUACAGCGGGACGUUCGAACACUCGAGACAAACAUGACAUUGGCUGCCGUCUGGGAGCAAUAUCUGGUUCGCCACGACGUGAUCCAGCAACUGAAGACCAUCACAUGUUUGGCUCGAGCUUUCGACAUGGAAUUAUUGGGUCUCCUCAGUAGAUGUAGAAAGUUGGAGCAAGCCGGUGUAAAGCAAAUAGAUUAA